AUGGGCGAACACUCAAAAGCACUUUCGUCUCAUGAGAAAGCACUUGAAAUCCGGCAAAAAGCUCUCUCUCCAAAUCAUCCAGAUUUGGCUAGCUCUUACAACAACACUGCAUUGGUGUAUGAUGACAUGGGCGAAUACUUAAAAGCACUAUUGUUUUACGAAAAAGCACUUGAAAUUAACGAAAACAUUCUCUCAUCAUAUCAUCCUAAUUUGGCUACUUCCUACAACAAUAUCGGUUUGGUGUACAGCAGUAUUGGAGAAAAUUCAAAAGCACUUUCAUUUCAGGAAAAAGCACUUGGAAUUCGUCAACGCAUUCUCCCUCCAAAUCAUCCUGAUUUGUCCCAAUCCUUCCACAACAUCGGUUUAAUGUAUAGCAAGAUGAACGAAUACUCGAAAGCACUUUUGUUUUACGAAAAAGCAAUAGAAAUCGCGCAAAAAGCUCUCUCUCCGAAUCAUCCAGAUUUGGCUAGUUCGUAUGCUAAAACUGGUGCGACGUAUCAUGACCUUGGUGAUUACGCAGCAGCGCUCAAGACUUUUGAAAAGAUUCUUGAAGUUCAGCAGAAAACAUUUGAAGAAGGGAAUGCAGCUUUCGGUUCGAUAUACAGCUGGUUCGGAAGAGUUUAUCGCAGUAUGAAAGAUUACUCGAAUGCACUGGAAUAUUUUGAAAAAUGUCGGGCAAUCAUUGAAGGAAAGUUACCAGAAAGACAUCCUGGUCGAGCUGUUACAUACAGUAAUAUCGGUGAUGUGCAUCGAUUAUUAGGAGAUUAUGGAAAAGCACUUUCAUUUCAUCAAAGAGCAUUGAACAUCCAGGAAAGCGUUCAGUGUGAUUCGCUGGAAUGUGCAACGAUAUAUACGAAUUUAGGUGAAACAUAUCGAGAAAUGAAAGAUUAUUCAACGGCAUUGACAUAUUUUGAAAAAGGAUUACAAAUUCGUGAAAAUAAACUAUCAAAGAGUCAUCCUGAUGUAGCUGUUAUUUAUCAUAGUUUGGCGAAGUUACAUUUGGCUACUCGACAAUACAGUAUUGCAAUGGAAAAUGUUCAGCAAGCGAUAGAUAUUGCUCAAGAAAAGUUGCCUUCAAAUCAUCCUCAUCUAUUUGAGUAUAAAGAAACAUUUGAAAAAAUUCGAAGGAAAUUAUAA